AUGAGUGGUAUCUCCUUUUCUUUCUGCUCAAUCAGACGCGACUCCCUUCUUCUUCAAACUUAUCCUCUAAUGAGUUUCAAUGAGCCAUCGAUGUCUCACUCUUUCACUCAUUCUCAAUCUCACCGCUCGAAUCUAAACAACCUCGAAUCAAACCCUAACCCAAGCGUUGCGUUCGAGAAAACCAGGGGCUGGUUGGCAAUUCUGUUCUUGCUGUUUUCGAUUAUAAUUUCUGUUUUGGUUCAGUUAGGUAGUUGGUUAGAGAAUAUCAGUUAUGCAGGUUCACGGUUUCAAAUGGUGAAGUGCUUGGAUUUGGUUGCAAGGAACAAAGUGAGAAAAAAGUUUGAAAAAUAUGGAAUCUUGUCAUGGGAAGCAAGCAUGAAGAUGUAUAAGCACUAG